UAUUUGGAUCCAAGAAGCAAAAAUGUCGAAUCCUUCUUCACCAGGAAUUGCCAUUCUCGGAGCUGGGAUCUUCGUCAAAACGCAAUACAUUCCGAGAUUGGCUGAGAUCUCCGAUCUUGUCGUCCUGAAAGCUAUUUGGAGCCGUACUGAGGAAUCUGCAAAAGGAGCUGUGGAGAUAGCAAGAAAGCAUUUUCCAGAAGUGAAGUGCAAAUGGGGAGAUGAUGGUCUCAAUGAGAUCAUUCAAGAUAGUUCAAUAGUUGGUGUUGCUGUUGUUGUAGCUGCAGAAACCAUGGUUGAAAUGUCACUGAAGAUGCUCAAGGCAGGAAAACACGUCCUUCAAGAGAAGCCAGCUGCUGCCUCAAUCAGUGAGAUAGAAACUGCAAUAUCUAGCUAUAGAAAUAUUUCUGCUGAUUCCCCAUGCCGUCCAAUCUGGGCAGUGGCUGAAAAUUAUCGUUUUGAGCCAGCUUUUGUUGAGUUGAAGAAACUGAUAGCAGAAACUGGGGAUAUGAUGAACGUCCAGCUUAUUAUUGAGGGAUCAAUGAACAGUUCGAAUCCUUAUUUCUCAAGCUCGUGGAGGCGAAAUUUGAGCGGUGGUUUCAUCUUGGAUAUGGGUGUGCAUUACAUUGCAGGGUUAAGAAUGCUUGUUGGAUGUGAGGUAGCAUCAGUCUCUGCCACCACUUCCCAUGUGGAUAAGACUUUACCUGGACCAGACAAUAUAACAUCAAACUUUCAGCUGGAGAACGGAUGCUCUGGUGUUUUUGUUAUGGUUGUGUCUUCAAGAUCUCCAAAGAUAUUAUGGAGAGUCGUAGGACUAAAAGGCACUGUUCAACUUGAGCGUGGAGUCGAAGGUGGCCGACAUGGCUACAUGGCCACGAUUUACGGGGAAGGAGGUACAUCAAGGACCAUCUUUUACCCGUUCAGCGGAGUGACUGAAGAGCUAAAAGCAUUCUUCAAUGAUAUCUCAGAGACUUCAAAGGAGCAAGAGCCUCGACUAUCAUACGUGGAAGGUGCUCGUGACGUUGCGGUUCUUGAAGCAAUGCUCGAGUCUGGUGCGAAAAAUGGAGCCGUAGUCCCUGUCACCAAAUUCUAGCUUUGAACCUUUAUUAAGUAUGGUUUAGACACCAAGAUACCGCUAAAGCUUUGAUGGAAUAAAAUUGUUACGUUUCA